UGCACUUUGGGGGCUGUUCAGAAAGUUCCCCCUAUUUUUGGUUUUUGGCUUCCUGCAUGAUCUCAAAUUCUUUGACUUUUCAUGACUCAGGGUUGAAGAAGCUGUGAAGCUGACACCCACCAAGAGGACGAGGACGAAGAGGGAAUGACAAUUUAACCAAAUCAAUCAGCAAAGCAAUAACAAACAGCAUUCCGAACUACCAUCUGUGCACGCACAGACCUUAUCAGCAUCUCCUUUUCCUUUACCCUUCAUCUUUUCUUCCAUUUCUCCACCUGCACGCUUUCAUCUUGCCAUAAUCUUUACCUUUCUUUCAUCCUUCUAUCUCUCCCCCUGCCCCCUUCCUUCCUUCAACAGCAUGUCUACUCCGGUCUCUCCAUCUCCCUCCCUUUCGCCACUGUCCCUGUCUUCUUCUUCUCCCUCCUCUUCUCCUUUGCCCUCUCCCCUUUCUCCUCCCCCCAGGCUUCCAGUCUUCCAGAGGAAAGGAGCGCUUAAGCACAAGAGGAUUGUAGAAGUGAAAGACCAUCAGUUCACAGCCCGUUUCUUCAAACAGCCCACCUUCUGCAGCCACUGCACAGACUUUAUCUGGGGUAUAGGAAAACAAGGAUUCCAGUGCCAAGUUUGCAGUUUUGUGGUGCACAAACGCUGUCAUGAGUUUGUCACUUUUACAUGUCCUGGAAGUGUCACGGCACCUAAAGCAGAGGAUCUGAAGAGUAAACACAAGUUUAAGAUACACACUUACUCCAGUCCAACCUUCUGUGAUCACUGUGGUUCUCUGCUCUAUGGCCUCAUUCACCAGGGCAUGCGAUGCACCAGCUGUGAGAUGAAUGUUCAUAAGCGAUGUGAGAACAGUGUACCCAGUCUGUGUGGACAUGACCACACUGAGAAAAGAGGACGGAUCCAUCUGAGCGUGCGUGGAGAGAAGGAGGAUAUAUAUGUCACAGUACGUGAAGCACGGAACCUGAUUCCUAUGGACCCUAAUGGCCUGUCUGACCCCUAUGUGAAGCUCAAACUCAUUCCAGACCCUAAGAGCCACAGCAAACAGAAAACCAAGACUAUUCGUUCCACUCUAAACCCUGUCUGGAAUGAAAGCUUUGUCUUUUCGGUGAGGGGCAGGCAGUGGGACAGACGCUUGUCAAUAGAGAUAUGGGACUGGGAUCGCACCUCUCGAAAUGACUUCAUGGGAGCUCUGUCCUUUGGAGUGAGUGAGAUAUUUCGUCGUCCUGUUAGCGGAUGGUUUAAACUGCUCAACCAAGAUGAAGGAGAAUACUACAAUAUUCCUGUACCUGACCCAGACCUACAGGAGCCAGACUCUGCUGUCUCUCCCUCUCUUCCUCCUGCUCCUGUUACUGUUCCCACACCUGUGCAUGCUGUCACCCCGCCUGUUGUGAGUCCUGCACCCACCAGCUUACCAGUGGGAAAGGGCCGAGUUGGACUACAUGACUUCAACUUCCUUAUGGUGCUAGGCAAGGGCAGCUUUGGCAAGGUGAUGCUGGCUGAAGAAAGAGGGAGCGAUCGCUUGUUCGCGGUGAAGGUGCUGAAGAAAGAUGUGCUGUUUCAGGACGAGGACACGGAAAGUGCCAUGGUGGAGCGGAGAGUUCUGGGAUUGAAUGGCCGUCCUCACUUCCUCACAUAUCUUUUUUGCGCUUUUCAGACUGAGGAUCGUCUGUACUACGUAAUGGAAUAUGUAAAUGGUGGAGAUCUCAUGUUUCAUAUUCAGAUUGUUGGGAAAUUUAAAGAACCCCAUGCUGCGUUCUAUGCAGCAGAGAUAGCUGUGGGCCUCUUUUUCCUGCACAGCAAAGGCAUCAUCUAUAGAGAUCUAAAACUGGAUAAUGUGCUGUUAGACAGCGAGGGCCACAUAAAGAUUGCUGAUUUUGGGAUGUGCAGGGAAGGCAUGAUGGAGGGAGACACCACACGGACAUUCUGUGGCACUCCAGACUACAUCGCCCCUGAGAUUGUAGCAUAUCAGCCAUACGGUAAGGCAGUAGACUGGUGGUCAUAUGGCGUUCUGCUCUAUGAGAUGCUGGCUGGGCAGCCUCCAUUUGAUGGGAUAGAUGAAGAGGAGUUGUUUCAGUCAAUCAUGGAGCAAAGCGUAUCGUAUCCCAAGACUUUGUCUCGUGAGGCAGUUGCAAUUUGCAAAGGGCUCUUGACCAAGAAUCCCUCAAAGCGUCUGGGCGGCAGUGAGGAUGCAGAGAGGGAGAUACGUGAGCAUCCUUUCUUCCGUUGGAUAGACUGGGACAGACUGGAGAGACUUGAGAUUCAGCCACCAUUCAAGCCUAGGCCUGGAGGGAAAAAAGGAGAAAAUUUUGACAAGUUUUUCACAGCUGCCUCCGCAGCCCUGACUCCCUCUGAUCCAGAUGUUCUUGCAGCCAUCGAUCAGGAAGAUUUCCAGGGUUUUACCUACAUGAACCCUGAUUUCCCUGGCACUCCUCUGACUGCUGUCUAAGAUCAUACCAUGCUUGUAUCUAAAAAAUCAACAAUCAAAAUCAGGAAUUGUGCAGUGUUUUCUAGUCAGUACUAUUGAGGUUGAAUAGUGUACACUACAGAUAGUCAGUAUUAAAUUAGCUGUACCUGUUCAGAUUCUUUCUUUAGGAAAAUAUAUAUAAAAACCAUUAAAAAUUAACAUUUGAGUGUCGUUAA